ACACCUAACUGGUUUUCAUAAGGAAUCUGACUGCGACGCGGAGAAGAUGAGGCUUCUGAUACAUUCAGCGAAACAGGUUGUUGCCAUAACGGACCAGGAUGUAACCUGUCUGCCUGGGCGAUCCAUGAACAGUGUUGUAGUUCUCGAGAACACCAAUGGCGGUGUAGCUGUCGCUGUUGACGAUGAGGGUAAGAUAGCAGCUGUCGGAAGUACGCAAUAUGUCAGGGAGUUAUGGAAGUAUGAUGACUUUGAUGAAGUCAUUGACGCCACAGGAAAGUGCGUGCUUCCAGGCUUUGUGGAUGCUCACACACAUCCUGUGUGGGCUGGUGAUCGUCUCGAUGAAUUUGCAAUGAAGUUAGCUGGUGCUUCAUACUUGGAAAUCCACAAUGCUGGAGGAGGUAUCUUCCACACUGUCGACAAGACAGUGAGAUGCAGUUCAGAGGAGUUAUACCAGAGUCUGAAGGACCGUUUACUUAAGAUGCUGCAAGCAGGUACCACCACAGCAGAAUGCAAGACGGGCUAUGGAUUAGAGACGGAUGCUGAGCUCCGGCUGUUACAAGUUCUUCAACGAGCCAAACAACAAUUGCCAAUCGAGAUCUCCAUUACGUACUGCGGAGCUCAUGCCAUUCCAAAUUGCAGAGGGAAGACCCCAGAAGAAGCUACAGAGAUUAUUGUGAGAGACCAAAUACCACAAAUCCAAAUAUUGAUGAACGAGAAGCUGCUACCUGUAGAAAACAUUGACGUCUUUUGUGAGAAGGGGGCGUUUGAUACAGAGCAAAGCAGAAGAAUCUUGCAAGCUGGAAAGGAAAUUGGUCUCAGGAUAAACCUCCAUGGCGAUGAAUUAAAUCCAAUGCAGAGUGCUGAGAUGGCUGCAGAACUCAAUGCCACUGCAGUCAGCCACUUAGAAAAGGUCAGCACGAAAGGAAUAGAAGUCAUGGCAAUGUCAGGAACAGUCGCAAUUCUCCUGCCCACCACAGCCUACAUCAUGAGACUCAAACCUCCGCCUGUUCGCCAGCUCAUUGAAGCUGGAGUAUCAGUGGCCCUUGGUUCUGAUUUUAAUCCCAAUGCACACUGCCUAGCCAUGCCAACGGUCAUGAACCUGGCUUGUGUGACGUAUGGGAUGAACAUGCCUGAAGCUCUCGUCGCUGCAACUUUGAACGCGGCUGCUUCGCUGGGGAGGGGAAGGACACACGGCGCAAUCCAGAAAGGAAGAGUUGGCGAUCUUGUCGUCAUAAAAGCUGAGAAGUGGGAGCACAUCAUCUAUCAGCUUGGAUGUCAUCAUCAUCUGAUUGAAUUUGUGGUGAAAUAUGGGAAAAUCGUAUACAGUUCUACCAACUAAGGCAGUUAUUUCAUUUAAGCAACACAAAUUGCACUUAACUAUCCUUAACUUUUCAGUGUGGAUGGCGUUUUAUAAUCAAAACACAUAAUUCAGCGCGAGAAACAUACUAAUGUAACGCAAGGUCAAAUUUCACACUUAGAAAUAAUCGAAAGUCGAUUAAAACAUCUAAAACACACUAACUCCAAAAUUAUACUUAAAAGGCAUAAUGGAACUCACAAAUAGGCAUGUGCAUGCUUUAUAACAUGUCGCCAUCAGAAAGAUUCUUGAAACAAAGGAGGGAAUGGAUCUGAAAGUAACACAUUAUGUAUUAAGGUAUUUUAACCCUCUAAAGACAUACCAACACUACAAUGUUUGUUUCAAAUGUAUGUUAAGUUUAACUUUCUCAUGCAGUUACCUGGAUGGAAUUAAAUGUCUAAUUAUUCUUUGCUUCUCAUUUAUUAAAUACAGUUAUAUUUCAGAGAAUCCACAAA